ACGCAAUUGUCCAAAUCCCACAAGCCAUUUGAAACUCUUACCAUUUUGACAUGUCGAUAUUAACCAACCCGCUCUAUAGGCCCCUCUUGGAGGUGGCUCGGACCGCCCGGAACGGGGUGGUUUACGGGGGGAAAAUCCGUUUUUCCCACGCGUUGGUCAUUAACUUGUUAUAUCGAUCAGGGUCCCUCAGACCACGAAUGAUAGAAGUGUUGAAAGCCACCAAGAAUCACGCAGAAGUGUUGGCCAGCUUUGCUGUUAUCUACAAGAUGGUGUUGGGUGUAUUGGUCAACGAACAAGUGUUGGGGUCUAACUCCAAGGCGUUAUCGAAGUUUGUGGCUGGAUGUUUUGGAUCGUGGAUUGUGUACAGUCAACACUUUGGAUAUUUCCAUCCCGGAAUCACCCACCAGAUUACAUUAUAUUGUUUCUCCAGAGUUUUGUUGGCGGUUUCCAAAAUCAUAUUGGAUCAGUACUUGAACUGCUCCAACCCAUCGUUUAAGGUGGCAGGUACAUCGAUGCAAAACUAUAAGAAUUUACUGUUGAACCAGAAAUCCAAGUUAAAGCAGCAGUACUACAACAAGGCGUGGAAGUACUUUGCGGUGUUGACGUGGGGGUUGGUGAUGUUUAUCUAUGACUACCAACCCCAGUAUUUACAGAGUUCUUUAAGACACUCGAUGCACUACAUUUAUGAUGUGGAGUUGGAUAGUUGGGGCACCUGGAAAGAGUUUUUCGGGAUCUAGAUGAGGUAUGAUAUUUAUAAUACACAUGUUACGUAGAUAAUAGUUAUAUGGUUGCAGUUGCAGUUGCAGCCGCAAUAG